GAAAUCAAUUUGGAAUGGUUUUGAGAAAGCUAAAGUUUUGCCGCGAUUUUGAUCCAUUCAUCCAUGCAUUCGUGGGAACGUUCUUAUUUCGAGAAAAGAUUGGAAGAGAUUCAAAGGGAGAAUCUUUUAUGUAACUGCAACUUCUGUAUUAUUUAGUAGUGAAAUUAUGUCUAAGACAAAUACGUUGUACAAUUAUUUUACGUCACCGAAAACUGUCAAGCAACCAAAUAAUAAACCGGUGUCUGAAGACAAACCUGGAACACCAAAAAGGGCAAAGGAACAAAGGAACAAGGUUAAAACUCCAAACAGAGGAAAGGAAAAUAAAAGUGAGGAUCGAAAAAGAGUUUACAAAGACGAUGAUGAAGAAGAAGCGGAAGAAAAACCAAUUAGACCAGCACAAGCAAAAAAAAGGAGAUUAAUCAUUCCUGAUGAAGAAUCUGGAGAAGACUCUGGGGAUGAAUUUAAACCUGAUGCAGAAGAUGCAUCUGAAGAAUCUGAUUCAGGUAGUGAGGGAGACCCUGAAAGUGAAGUACAAACACAGAGUGAAGAAGAAACACCAGAGAAGAAAAGGAAGCUACCAUCUGGCCCUGGUAGAAGACGUCAAGGAGGGUCAAAGAAAGUUACCCAAGAAAAGAAAGAGUCCAAAGUAUCACAACAAAGUCAAGGCUCGGGAUCAAACAAUAGUACUGUCGAGUCCUGGCCACAUUUAAAAUAUGAUUUUCUUCAACCAAAUAAAAUAAGAGAUAUCAAGAAAAAGUCUCCAAGUGACCCAGAUUAUGAUCCAAAAACUGUCUAUGUUCCAUCAGAAUUUUUGACUCAACAAACCCCUGCAAUGAGACAGUGGUGGGAAUUGAAAAGCAAACAUUUCGACUGCGUUCUCUUCUUUAAAGUAGGAAAGUUUUAUGAGUUGUACCACAUGGAUGCUGUCACUGGAGUCAAGGAGCUUAAUCUUACAUAUAUGCGCGGAGAAUUCGCACAUUCUGGGUUUCCCGAAAUCGGGUAUGGCCGUUUCUCGGGAAGCCUUAUAGAGAGAGGGUACAAAGUAGCUAGAGUGGAACAGACAGAGAAUCCAGAGAUGAUGACGCAACGUUGUAAUAAAAUGGCUAAACCAACAAAGUUUGACAAAGUUGUAAAACGAGAAAUUUGUCAAAUAAGCACCAGAGGUACAAGAGUCUACACUGCAUUAGAUGUAGAAGCAUCAACACCGAAUUCAAACUACUUAUUAUCUCUUGUUGAAAAAUGUUCACCUGGUUCAAACACGUCUCAUUACGGAGUGUGCUUCUUAGAUACCACAAUAGGAGACUUUUACCUUGGGCAAUUUGAAGAUGACCAAUGCAAUUCUAGGAUAUUGACGUUACUUGCCCAUUAUCCUCCCGUUCACGUUGUAUAUGAACGCGGUAAUUUGUCUCAAAAAACAUUGCAAAUUUUGAAUAAUGCUUUAGCAGCAUGUAUCAAAGAACCACUCCUCCGUGAAACUCAAUUUUGGUCAUCCAUAACUACGUUAAAAAAUCUUCACGAGGGAGAGUACUUCAUGAAGCCAGAGUCUGGGUUUUCAUGGCCUACUGGCUUGCAGAAAUACCUUAAUCAAAAUGACACUCUAGGUUUAACUCCCGCGGAUGAUAAAGAGUUAGCGGUGCAUGCUUUGGGAGGAUGCGUUUAUCUGCUCAAAGAAUAUUUACUCGAGCAACAAUUGUUGGCUCAGGGACGAUUCAAAUCGUACGUUCCGCCGGAUUUCUCAACUGAAAUCGCCACUUCUUCUAAAUUUGCAAAUAAUAUGGUGUUGGACGCCAUCACUAUUAACAACUUGAGAAUUUUUGGUGAAGGCUCCCUAAUGAAAACAUUGGAUCGUUGUUGUACCCCGUUUGGGAAAAGAUUAUUACGCGAAUGGAUUUGUCGACCGUCUUGCCGCAAAAAUAUUAUAAUCGAACGUCAGGAAGCUAUACAAGAAUUGAUAGAUCGUUCAGAUACGGUGCAAACUGCUCGUAGCAUACUGGCUGGACUUCCAGAUCUCGAAAGAUUAUUAAGCAAAAUUCAUGGUCAUGGAAAUUCGGCAAAAAUGAACAAUCAUCCUGAUGGCAGAGCUAUCAUGUUCGAAGGUCACACGUAUUCGAAAAGGAAGAUUCUAGAUUUCACUAAUAUCCUAAGCGGUUUCGAGGAGGUCUUGAAAGUAGUCGCCCUAUUCGAAGAUUUCAACAGUAGCUUGAUAAGUCGGUGCAUUAAGCUAGAACCGGAUGGCGAAUUUCCUUCGUUAAGAGAAACUUUAGAUUAUUUCGAGACCGCGUUCAAUCACGAGGAAGCCAAAAAAGAAGGAUGCAUCGUUCCAAAGGAAGGAGUCGACGACGAAUACGAUUCCGUUUUAAUGGAGCUUGCAGACAUAAAGAAAGAUCUCGAACGGUAUCUUGAAAAGCAAAGACAACAUUUUGGCGUGAAAGUAACUUUUCACGGAUCGGAUAAGAAACGCUAUCAGAUCGAGAUUCCAGAGUCGCAAGUGAAGAAAGUUGGUAGUGGAUACGAACUUCAGUCGCAGAGAAAAGGAUACAGACGUUACUAUACCGCUGAGGCAAAGGAACUUCUGAGCAGGCAAAUAAACGCCGAGGAACAGAAGAAUAAAGUAUUGAAAGAUCUAAAUAGAAGAAUAUUCGCGCAGUUUGGCGAGAAGUAUGACAUGUGGAGUACUGCCGUUUAUAACUUAUCUAUCUUGGACGUUCUAAUUUCCCUAGCAGAAUAUGCCCUCAGCGGUGACAUGUGCGUGCCGGAAGUCAACGAUGGCGCGGAUGGAAACAUAUUUAUCGACAUAAAAGACGGCCGACACCCAUGUAUUCUUUCGGAUAAUUUCAUACCUAACGAUACUUCAUUGGGAAUCGGUGAUUCUGCUACUUUCGUAAUUCUAACUGGACCAAAUAUGGGUGGUAAAUCGACGCUGAUGCGCCAAGUCGCGCUUCUUACGAUAAUGACACAAAUAGGAAGUUAUGUUCCGGCAAGUUCUUGUCGUUUAACAAUAGUGGACCGUAUUUUCACGAGAUUGGGAGCGAACGAUGAUAUUUUGGCUGGUCAAAGUACAUUUUUGGUAGAAUUAACCGAAACCGCCGCGAUAUUGCAACACGCCACGCCGUACUCGUUAGUUUUGUUGGAUGAAUUAGGUCGCGGGACAUCAACGUAUGACGGCACAGCGAUAGCCGCAUCGGUCGUGAACGCGCUUACAAAAUUAAAAUGCCGUACAUUAUUCUCGACGCAUUAUCAUUCUCUGGUAGAAGAUUACAAAAAUAACAAGGACGUUACGUUGGCUCAUAUGGCGUGUAUGGUAGAGAACGAGGAAGAGGAUAAAAUAACACAGGAAACGGUAACAUUCUUGUAUAAACUCAGCGAAGGGGCUUGUCCAAAAUCAUAUGGUUUCAAUGCUGCUCGAUUAGCCGGCGUGCCAUCCGUAAUCACUAACAGGGCGCACGAAAUUUCAAAAAGGCUCGAGCAGGAGACCAAUUACAAACACUUUUUCGCUGCUUUAUGUAAAGCGGACGGAUCAGCUAUAAGAAACCUCAUCGCUGCAAUGUAAAAUCUGCGAAAAUGUUAAUCGAUCGCGAUUACAUAAUUCAUUAUUAAAUUUCCAUCGCAAUAUUACGCUUGAUCGUUUCAUAUAUUUAUUAUACCUCAUUGUAUUUUACGAGUAUUGUUUGAUAUUACAAGCUAGUUUUGAUAAUAAAAUGAACUGAACGAAUUAAAGGAGUAUGUUUGUUCCUCUCCUUACAACCUUAAAGACUACCUAGAAGUCACGAGAGUAAACGAGACGCGGUUGUUGCUUACAAAAUUUUAUUAAUUAAUGCCAGAGUACAAAAGGGCUACUUAUGACGAAUACGAUGCGAUAUACAAACAAUGUAAUUUUACUCACACCAAACGACGAAUAAAAUUUCAUCUCGAAAACGUAAAAAAAAUCGUGCGUGCACGAGUCCUGCUGUGAAAUAAAUACAAUUCUUAUGCGUUAAUAUAUCGUGAAACAAAGAAUAAGCGGGGGAGUGAAGUUUUUCUAAACGAAUAUAUCGUCGUUACAUCCGAUAGAAUUAUAUAUUUUUUGUUUUUUUUUUUGUUUUGUUUUUCUUUAUAUUAUUCAAGGACCGUAAGGAUGCGGAGCGAUAAAUAGAGAGA